CUGGGGCGGGCGGCGGGGGCGCAGGCGCGGGCGGGGCGCGAAGGUCGGCGUCUUCAAGCCCUGACCUUCGCCGGAGGGCCCCGCGGCAGCAUGACGGUGGGAGCCAGGCUCCGAAGCAAGGCGGCGAGAGGCCUCCCGCGCCGCGGGCCCCGGGGGCGAGCGCGGACGGAGGGGGACGAGGAGGCGGCCGCCCUCCUGGAGCAGCCGGAGCGCGGGGACGAGGCGGCGAGCUGCGCGAACGCGGGGCGCCCGGGCGCCCGGGGCGCGCGCAAGGUGCACCUGGCCGUCCUCCCCGAGCGCUACGAGCCGCUGGAGGAGCCGGCGCCGGGAGAGAAGCCCAAGAGGAGGUACCGGCAGAAGCUGAAGAAGUACGGCAAGAAUGUUGGGAAGGUCAUCACCAAAGGGUGCCGCUAUGUUGUCAUCGGCCUGCAGGGCUUCGCCGCGGCCUACUCCGCCCCAUUCGGGGUAGCCACCAGCGUGGUCUCGUUCGUCCGCUAGCGGGCGCCGCGGGGACCGACGCGCUGGAGAAAGGAUGGACGCUCUCCUGCUCCGGGAGCCUGUGAAUCCGGGACCAUUUCAGACCCGAACCCGCAAAAUCCCUGGGGGAAGACAACGGCUUUCUUUGUUGAAUUGGAUGAAUGCUGUGAAUGGAACAUCCCUGCCCAUCUGCUGAGCUUCUCAUGACUCUAGGACACGGGUGGCUCCGACGGACGAUCCCGCAGAGUGAGGCCCGUGUUCGGUUUGGGGUUAUGGUUUGCCCUCGGUUCCCAGGGCAGCGGAGGCGCUGUCCGGCUGUCUGUGCCCCAUCUCCUUCCUCCACCCGUUUGUCACCAAGAAGCAAGGAAGGAAAAUCUCCGUGAAGGUCGUGAUGCUUCUUAGACUGUUGAUGAGACGGGUGACUGUUUAAAGUAGAUGAAGCUUGUGAUUCCCACCCUCCUGUGACACCAGCACGCAGCCGCUGGUGAUGAGGCAAGGAGGAAGUCCAAGUGCACAUACAGGCUGGGUUGCACAGGUCGCUGGAGGGAGUGCCCGCGUUGUGCCCAGGCCAGCCCAGUGUGGCUGUGUGUUUGGAGCUGCACGCCUGUGGCCGGCUGACGGUGGGCAUCCUGACUCCACUGCUGGGCACCGUCGCCUACUCCCCACGGCUGUCCGUGCCUCUGUGCCAAGCCACCGAGGGCACUUUGUCUCGGGAGAGAAGGAGACACUAGGCCUGGCAGGGGAAGUGUGCGAUUUAGAGGAGGAACCAGGAAGUAGGAGACGGGUGUGUUGGAGGUAGACAAAGAAAGAUGGCGGACGGGAGAAGUGGCAGGAUGGGGGUCGGGUCUGGUGUACCGGUGCUGGGAAAUCUUAGGUGGGCUGGGCUUCCAGCUCUGGGUAGGGACCAGGGAGGCUGGGCGGCUGGAGGUGCCAUGGCUGGCGCUGAAAAACCCUCUGAGGCCCAUGAGCUCUCACCGGCUGCCCGUGUAGCAUCCUUGUCGUUUGCUGCCAAGUUUGUCCCCGGGACAACCCACGGACUGCCAUUGGACCGUUGGCCGGGGAGGUGAAAGGAGAGGAGGCUCCUCUUCCCAUACCCCUCGUGAUGGGCCACUGUUCCACCUGUUUCCAGAAUAUCCAGAGGUCCAAAGUGAUGGCUGCUGAUCAGUCUGUAGAAUGGGUAUUAACACCUGCCUGUGGCCCCGACAAGUUUCCCAGACUCCGCAAAGGAGGUCUCCGGGUUCAUGCCUUGCCGGUCAAGCCGACGAGGUGGCCCCCGGAAGUGAAGAAGGUGGGCAGACAGACGGGGACAGAAAAAGGAAUGGGUGGAGGAGGAAGUUGUAGCUGGACUCAGCCUCACGUUCUGGAAACCCACGUUGCAGAUGAACUUGGAUCUGGUUCCUGGACCAUUAGUAUUUGUGAGGAAAAGAGAAAACAGACAGUCUUGUUUUAACUCAAAUGAGGAAAGUUGAUAAUGGCACAUUUUCACACAUGUAAGAUAAAUAUAGCUUGCCUGGUCACGCUGGGAUUGGGGGGAGAGACGUGGUUUAGUGGGAGAGCCAGGCGGGCCUGUCCGGCCCACCAGUGACAGAAGGGGGACAG